AUGACUGUACUUCUGUAUUUAAUAUUUGAUAACAUAAGUGGAAAUAUUUGUGUGACAUGUAAGUUUUUAAGCAUAGUAAUGAAACACCUGUGCAUUCAGUCCCUAAUUAUUAACAUUCCUGGUAGUCCUGACUGUGCCUUUUGUUCCUUCUCAAUUCCAAUUCCCAGCCAGCCGUUCUCGCUAGAGGUAAGUACUGUCCUGAGUCAUUCGUUUCUUUGCUCUUUUUUGUUUUCAUACAAAUAUGAAAGCUACAUUGUGUACUUUGUAAUUGAAGAGUUGACGAGGCCCAGAAAACUCCAGCCCUUUCAGACCUGCCUCAGAUCCUUUGUCCUGUUGCUAUCGGAGAAGGCAAAGCACCUUCCACCUCCCAGUGCUGCUCUGGGGCUGGACCUCCGGAUCUCUCGAACCUGGCUGUGGCUUUUACUUAAUCCCUGGAGGUGCAUUAUAAUCAAGCCAAGGUUUUGUGCUUCGCAUCUCAUCUACUUUACAUACUCAGCAUCUCGUGGCAUAAAGGUUUACACCUGUGGAGUGGCUAAUGCCUAUGAAGAUGGGGAGGAAAAGGCCAGAGACAGUUCUGUUGACUCAAACUUACUACAUCCUUUCAAACGACAGCCAGAGGAAUAA